UUGAGUGUGAAGACACCAACAGCGGUGACUGCGACCAAUUCGAAAACAUCGACAACGACUGAGAGUACGAUUACUCUGGAUGUUAAACAGGAUGCGUUUGGAACACUUGAUGUAAGAUUCGGUUGAAAAUUGAAGCUCAAAAAAGAAUAUAUAUAUGUGGCCGAGAAAUGUCGGGAAUUCGGCCACAUAUAUUUUUUGUUUGAAUUUUUUGAAAAGUUUCAAAAAAUGCUCAUAAUCUCUGGGUGAAAACGAAUGAGUCAUAAUUUUACAGGAUGAGGAAUUUGAAAAAGCCGCCGCAAACAUUCCAAAUCAACUCAACGAUGAAGACGAAAAGGAUAUCCUCCGCCUUGCUCCAAAAAUCCUAAAAAUCGCCAAACGCCACAAGGCAAUGGAGAAAUGUCGAAGACAGCCGAAGAGAACGAAACGCUCGCCAAAUUCUUUUCGGGCAAAAAGUCGUUGACUCCCGAAGUUUUGGCGACACUCGAUGUUGGUCUCGAUAAAAUCAUUGAUCAUCUUCAUAAGAAUAAUUUGGCGAUUGAUGAGGAGACGAAACGAAUUAUUAAACAUCGCGAUAAAUUGAAGGCGGCGAUGAUGAAGGAGUUUUUGGUGUCUCCACAGUAUUUGCCGAAGAGUUGGACAGCUAAAUUUAAUCGUAAGUUUUGCAAACGUGCAAAAUUUCCUUGCUAGAAAGAUAAUUUUCAGAAUGGAAAAGUGAGGCUGAAAAUCAGAAAAAUGGUGUAAACUGGUUCCGAAUUCUAUUCGCCUAUCCAAAACAUAAAUCAUUUGAUGAUGGACCAGAAGACAUAUUUGGAAAUUUUAAUAAAAGAGAUCGAGGGCUUUUGAUUGGCCUUAUUCUUGGACCUGGAGAUGUCAAAUCAUUUGAGGAAACUAAACGGGAAGACGAUUGUCAGGGAAUGUUCCUUGAUACAAAAUUGAUUGAGCACGCUGGAAAUGAGCCGGAUUUGACGAGUGCAACGAAGACUUAUGUGAAUUUGGAGAAAAUGGAGAAGCAAGCGUCGGAGCCGAAAAUAUCGGCGAAUUUGAAUAAUAAUAAGGAGAAAGCGGAGAAUGAGAAGAAAAAGAGGAUGUGA